CUCUCUUCAGAAUGAUUCCUUGCAGGGCAAUGUUGACUUUUGCCCGAUGUCUGAUCCGGAGAAAAAUUGUCACUUUGGACAGUCUAGAAGAUUCCAAGCUAUGCCGCUGCUUAACCACUAUGGAUCUCAUUGCCCUAGGGGUCGGGAGCACUCUGGGUGCUGGGGUUUAUGUUCUUGCUGGGGAAGUCGCCAAAGCAGAUUCUGGUCCCAGUAUCGUGGUGUCCUUCCUCAUCGCCGCCCUGGCAUCUGUGAUGGCAGGCCUUUGCUACGCUGAAUUUGGUGCCCGAGUUCCUAAGACAGGGUCUGCGUAUUUGUACACGUAUGUUACUGUUGGCGAGCUGUGGGCCUUCAUCACUGGCUGGAAUCUCAUUUUAUCUUAUGUGAUAGGUACGUCAAGUGUUGCAAGAGCAUGGAGUGGCACUUUUGAUGAGCUUCUUAACAAACAGAUUGGUCAGUUUUUCAGGACAUACUUCAAAAUGAAUUAUACUGGCCUUGCAGAGUAUCCAGACUUUUUUGCUGUGUGCCUUAUAUUACUUUUAGCAGGCCUUUUAUCCUUUGGAGUAAAAGAGUCUGCUUGGGUGAACAAAUUCUUCACAGCUAUUAAUAUCCUGGUCCUUCUCUUUGUAAUGAUUGCUGGGUUUGUGAAGGGAAAUGUGGCUAACUGGAAGAUUAGUGAAGAGUUCCUCAAAAAUCUAUCUGCCAGUGCCAGGGAGCCACCUUCUGAAAACGGGACAAGUGUCUAUGGAGCUGGUGGCUUUAUGCCUUAUGGCUUUGCAGGAACAUUGGCUGGUGCUGCAACGUGCUUUUAUGCUUUUGUGGGGUUUGACUGCAUUGCAACAACCGGUGAAGAAGUUCGGAAUCCCCAGAAGGCUAUUCCUAUUGGAAUAGUGACUUCUUUACUUGUUUGCUUUAUGGCCUAUUUUGGGGUCUCUGCAGCUUUGACACUUAUGAUGCCAUACUACCUCCUCAAUGAGAAAAGUCCCCUUCCUGUGGCAUUUGAGUACGUUGGAUGGGGUCCUGCCAAGUAUGUGGUUGCUGCAGGCUCCCUGUGUGCAUUGUCAACAAGUCUUCUUGGAUCCAUUUUCCCAAUGCCUCGGGUAAUCUAUGCUAUGGCGGAGGAUGGGUUGCUUUUCAAAUGUCUAGCUCAAAUCAAUUCCAAAACGAAGACACCAAUAAUUGCUACUUUAUCAUCCGGUGCAGUGGCAGCUGUGAUGGCAUUUCUUUUCGACCUGAAGGCCCUUGUAGACAUGAUGUCCAUUGGCACUCUCAUGGCCUAUUCUCUGGUUGCAGCCUGUGUCCUCAUUCUUAGGUACCAGCCUGGUUUAUGUUAUGAGCAACCUAAAUACUCUCCUGAAAAGGAAGGCCUGGGAUCAUGCGACAGUGCAGGUUCAAAAAGUGACUCCCAGGUCACCAUGCUGCAAGAACAGGGCUUCAGCCUAAGAACCCUCCUCAACCCCUCUGCUCUGCCUACGCGGCAGUCAGCUUCUCUCGUGAGCUUUCUGGUGGGAUUUCUGGCAUUUCUCGUGUUGGGCCUGAGUAUUCUGACCACUUACGGAGUCCAGGCAAUUGCCAGGCUAGAGGCCUGGAGCCUUGUUCUUCUCACACUGCUGCUUAUUCUCUGCAUCACCAUCAUCCUCACCAUUUGGAGGCAGCCACAGAAUCAGCAAAAAGUAGCCUUUAUGGUUCCAUUUUUACCAUUUUUGCCAGCAUUGAGCAUCCUGGUGAACAUUUACCUGAUGGUCCAGCUAAGUGCAGAUACUUGGGUCAGGUUCAGCAUUUGGAUGGCACUUGGUUUCCUGAUUUACUUUGCUUAUGGCAUUAGACACAGCCUGGAAGGUAACCCAAGGGAUGAAGAUGAUGAUGAAGAUGCUUAUUUAGACAACAUUAAUGCAGCAACAGAAGAAAAGUCUGCCAUUCAAGCAAGUGACCACCACCAAAGAAAUCUUAGUUUACCUUUCAUAUUCCAUGAAAAGACAAGUGAAUGCUAAUGCUUGCAAGAACAGAUCUGAUCUAGUCUUGCAUUGCCUACCCUGAGUGAACGCUUACAGAAGGUUGUCAUCAGGUUGCGUUGUCAUGGGUUUGCCGCACACAUAGUUCACCCUAAUUUAUACUUUCUUGUUUGGACUGCAUCUCCUCAGAUGGUGAAUUAUAUGGCCAAGGGAGCCUCCUGAUCUCCCUCAGUGAUGAAUACCCCCAAAUUAGUAUGAGUGUGCGUGUGUAUGUAUAUGCUUGGGAACUUGAAUGUUACAAAGUUAGUUGUUGUACUAUUAUUGUGUAUCUUUAUUCCAGUGUUGUCAUAAUGGGUGGCAUGUGCUGCAUAUACUAAAAUAGAGGGAAAUCACUGAAUGGGAAAGUGUUCUGCAUAUGUCCUGUGCAAUUGGGCAGUGGUCGCUUUUCUCUA